CAGGAUCGAGCCGAUCCAAAGCGGGGUGAACCUGCACUCCUUUGUUAGCCGCCGCUUAGCUGGAGAACCAGCUGACGUUGUGAUUGCAAACCCUCACGUUUGUCAUGCAGGUAGAGAACACCCACCCGAGGUGUUUUCUGGGUUUGCUGAGCUGCCUAUUCUUGGCUGGUCUCUACGUUGGCAGUUUGUACGUCUGGAGAAGCAGCUCACCAAGGGAUCAUCCCAGUGUGAUAAAGCGUCGCUGUGCUAGUGUGCUGCUGGUCUCUGUAGUGUCACCUGCAGUUGUGAAGACAUGGAUACACUGGGCUGAUGUCAAGGCGGACGUGUCUGUGUGGGAGUUGAUGGGACUUCGCAUGGACGGUUUGGUUGCUGCAUCCAUAUUACCUUUGUUACUUACUAUGGUUUUUUAUCUCGGCCCACUGGUUCACUCUGCUAUAGACAACCCCAAAGGCUUCACCGGGGAAAUGCAGUGUGCACUGGAUGUUCAGUCAUGGAGGCGGUGUGUGGGGGACGCAGUGUGGCUCAGAAACCAGGUGGUGGCACCAGUGACAGAGGAGCUGGUGUUCAGAGGGGCCAUGCUUCCUAUGUUGGUGCCCUGCACGGGACCCACAGGCGCUAUCGUCACCGCUCCACUGUUCUUUGGAGUUGCUCAUUUCCACCAUGUCAUAGAGGAGCGACGCCUUGGGAAAGAGAGCAUGAGUGUCAUCCUUCUGGUGGCAGGGAUGCAGUUCUUGUACACAACUGUUUUUGGUGCUUUUACUGCCUUUAUAUUCAUGAGAACUGGGCAUGUUGUCGGUCCAGUUUUGUGCCAUUCAUUUUGCAACAGUCAGGGCCUGCCUGACAUCAGCUCUGCCCUGCAACACCCUCACAGUUCAGCUCUGCUCUUCUCAUAUCUGAUGGGAGGCCUGCUGUUUCUGGUGCUGCUCUUCCCGCUGACAGACCAGUACUUUUAUGGUCCCAUUCCCAUCUGCAGCCUGGCUCCCCUUCCAGGGUCGGUUUGCUGAAUGAAAUCGAAUUAAGUUAAAUGCGCUCCAGCUCUCCUUCUUUUACUCUGGAUUUCAUUUUGUGAUGUAAAAAGUUGCUGUUUUUUUUUUCUUUUUAACAAAACUAAAAAUCUAUGCGUGUAUAUAUGUCUAUGCGUGGGUGGGUCAGCAUGAGAGCAGAAUGAUUAGAGCAGUUUAGACAUUUCCUGCAUGGUUAAAAAUAUUUCCUACUGUAUUGAAACUCAAUGCCAGUACAACUUUCCCCGGUUAAAAGGGAGAAAA